GCCGCCUGGCCUCGCCGCUUGCCUCGCCGCCUGGCCUCGCCACAUCGCCUCGCCGCCUCGCCUCGCCGCCUCGCCUCGCCUGUUGUUCGGUUCGCUCUGACUGCUAGGGUUCUCUCUCUCCCCCUUUCUCUCCUGCUAGUCCAGCCAUUGUGAUCCCGAGGCCAGCCAUUGUCUCGAACAUUUUCAAGAGAUCUCGACGCAGGGAGAGCUUUUGGUCUGGUGGUUAAGCCAAACCAUGACGAGUGCAGUUGUAUCUGGCAUCCUUAAACCUCUUUUGGAGAAACUAGCUUCAUCGGCUGUUGAAGAACUUGAAUUGGUAUGUGGCGUCAAGGAUGAUCGAGAGAAGCUCAAGAACACGCUAGAGACGAUCUAGAGGGUGCUCGCUGAUGCUGAACAGAGGCAAACUAAAGAUGAAGCCGUUAGCAUUUGGCUGUCGAAGCUUAAAGACUUCUGCUAUGAUGCCGAGGACGUGCUGGACGAUUUCGAAGCCAGGGCUUUGGAGAGGCGGGUGAGGUCUACCGAGCACUUGACCCUCAAAAGGAAAGUAAGCUACUUGUUCUCGUGGAUAUCUAAUUUCAUUUUCCAGUUUAAGAUAGCACAUAAUAUGAAAGAACUGAGAAAGAGACUUGAUGGGAUCAACGAAGAGAAAAGUCAGUUCAACUUGUCAGGGGAUGUUCAUGACAAGAUUAUAGUUCCAUGGAGAGAAACCCAUUCUUUUGUGACCCCUUUAGAUAUUAUUGGCAGAAAUGAAGAAAAGGAAAUGAUAUUAGAGCUAUUAAGAAGAUCAAAUGAUGGUGGGGUUGGAAUGAUAGGAGUCAUUUCGAUUCUUGGAAUGGGAGGUAUUGGAAAGACAGUUCUUACUCAAUUGGUGUACAAUGACGAUUGGGUAAACAGAUAUGUUGAUCUCAAAGUUUGGUUAUCCAUGCCAUUAGGAUUCGAAACUGAGAACAUAAUAAGACGCAUCCUCAAGUCUUUGGGUCACAAAAACAAAGAUGAUGGGCUGGAAAUGCUGCAACAUAUCCUGAGAAGCAUCAUGUGGAACAAAAGGUGUCUGUUUGUAAUGGACAAUGUGUGGGAAGUGAGGCGGGAGGAUUGGGUGGAAUUUAGAAAUUUGUUACGAGGUGCUUCCGAGGGUAGUAAAGUCAUUGUGACUUCACGGAAUAUGUCGGUCGCCUCAAUCAUGGGUUCUGUCCGCCCGCUUAAUUUGACCGGACUUUCGUGGAAUGAUUCUUUUACUUUGUUCGUGAAGUGUGCAUUCGAUCAAGAGCAAGAGAAGAAUCACCCGGACCUUAUGGAAAUCGCCAAUGCCAUCGUGAAAAAGUGUUGGGGAAAUCCUCUUGCAGUGAAGAGUUUGGGAAGCUUGUUGUAUUCAAAAUACAACAAAACCGACUGGGCAUAUGUAAGAGAUAGUGAGAUGUGGCAACUACAAACUGAUAUUUUACCUUCACUGAGAAUAAGCUACGAUCUAAUGCCGUCAUACUUGAAACAAUGUUUCGCUUAUUGCUCAAUAUUCCUGCAGAACUGCGUUAUCAGCAGCAAUGAUCUGAUCUCACUGUGGAUCUCGAAUGGGCUUAUCUAGUCCAGAGGAGAUAAUUGGGAGCUGGAAGAGAUUGGAUGGCAGUACAUGAUGGAGCUGUGUUCAAGGUCCUUCUUUGAAGUUAGUGUGGAAACGUUUCCACCGCUGUCUAUCAGAAUGCACAAUCUCGUUUACAAACUUGCCAUUUCGGUGGCACGAACCGAAUGGUCCAUAUUGCAAGUGGUCACAGCACAGGAUAUAACCCCGACGAUUCGGCAUGUAUCUUUUGGACCCCCAGUUUGUUCUUCAAAUAACGAUAUACGCGGCCAGUUGAGCAAACUCAGGCAAGUUCGUACCAUCUCUUUAGAUACUGGUACCAUUUAGGGGUUAUUUUCGGAGGCAAGCCUUUCACAACUCAAGCACUUGCGAGUGCUAUGGACAAAUCGGGGUUAUUUUGACCGACUGCCUAGUUCCAUUGGUGGUCUAAAGCAAUUGAGGUUACUUAGUUUAUUAAACAACUUUCAUAUCAAGAAACUCCCCGAAUCGGUCUGCGAGCUUCGCAAUCUGUAUGAAUUACGUCUUGCUGGGUGCAUAGAACUCGAGGAAUUGCCUGCAAACAUCAAGAACAUGGUCAGCCUCCGCACUUUGUCUAUAACCACGCAACAGCAGCGUUUCCCGGAGAAUGGAAUAGGAUGCUUGACCUCUCUGCGGUCACUAUCCAUACAAGACUGCAUGUUUUUGGAGGCCUUGUUCGAUGAUAUCAAUUCGCUCAUGUUUCUUCGUUCGUUGUUCAUUGGAUGUUGUCCGAAGUUGGCCUCCUUACCAUAAGGCUUAAAAAAAUUGAUGGCAUUGGAGGAACUCUCGAUUUGCGACUGCAUAAGCUUGAAGCUGCCCGAAAGUGAAAGUAAUGAAGAACACUCCAUGUUGAUGCUUCGUUACUUGAGACUCGAGGAAUUACCGGAACUAGUUUCUUUCCCCGGGUGGCUUGAAGGUUCUGCAAGUACACUGCAGAUGAUAACAAUUGAGAAUUGUCCCAACUUGAGUGCAUUGCCCGAAUGGCUGCAAAAUAGUUCUUCUCUGAGAUCACUGAAGAUUGAAGACUGUCCCAGAUUAUCCUCUUUACCAGACGGCAUUCACCGCAUCGCCACAUUGAGAGAGCUGCAGAUAAUUAAUUGCGAGGGAAUUGAGUAGGAGAACCUCUGUUGAAGGAGAAAAUAGUUGCCGAGAGACAGAUUACUUGCUUUUACUUACAGGUAUGUAUCGACUUUUAGUCCUCCCGUGGAACCUUUAACCUAAGUUCUUGGUUUGUUGUCUUUCAUUUGCAGUGACAUUAUAGCUAUGAACUGCUGCAGUUGCUUUUUCCCCCUUUUUGGAGUAUGCUGGAUGCUUUAUAUUCCUUCCUAAUGCUGGCAAAUUCUGAGAUGCUUGCAGGAGAAGUUAAAAAAGAUGGAGCUGCAUAACUACUUGAUUUGCAUCCAUGCAUAUUCCGGCCUAAGCAUUCGAGCAAGCUCGGUAAUGAGUUUUGUCUAUUCACUAACUACGAUCCGGGGAUGCGAUUGGGAGGAUGGGAGCAACAGAAAUAGAUAAUGCUUCUUUUGAUGUGAAUUUUAUUUGUUAGUGUUGUUUUUCAUGUCAAAAGGGAUGUCAUGGACUAACCAGUUUGCCUGGAGGCAUGACCCUAAAAUCAAGUGAGACAUAGUAUUUGCAUUUUCUCUGCAAACUUAACCCUAGGUUGAUGAAUGGUACGACUUUUGCCUUAAUGCUUGCAUUUGGUUCAUUCUUUGUUUC